CCUGUUAAUGUGUUUCAUUAGGUUAACAGGUGACAUAACAUGGAUUGUAGGCUUAGAAAUACCAUGGUGAUGUUGAUCUUUUAUGCGGGGCUGUGUAUUACUCUCCUGUCAGUGGCUGUCCUCACUGUUCCCAUCCCAGCUCAACCAGUCCCGGAGACAUUCAACCUAACUGUCCCUGAUGGCCCGAUCUCGUCCCAGUCAGGUUCCUCCGUCUCUCUACUCUGUCAAGUCUCACCUAUAUUCAACAUCAAACCAUUUGAGGUGCAGUGGUAUCGGUCUGAUGACGUUAACAAACCCACCUUGUUGUACAAGGAUCACAAGAUCCAGGAGGCCCUCAUGGACCCGCGGUUCAGGGGCAGAGUGUCUCUAACUGGGGAACUGGAGAGGGGGGACGCGUCCCUGAGACUGGAGAGGGUCACUCUGGAAGAUAGUGGGGAGUUUGUGUGCUACAUUAACAGUAAAAAGUGGUAUGAAAAGGCCCGUGUGGUACUGGCAGUGAGUGUAAUAGGAAGUCAACCAGUAAUCUCUGUAGCUGAAGCAAGAGGAGGAGGAGGUCAGGGGAAUGUUACCUGUUCUUCAGAGGGCUGGACACCACAACCUAAAAUCACCUGGAGAAACAAAGAGGGGACAGAGAUCACUAAUGGACAAGAAGUACAAAACACCACUGAUUCUCAGGGGUUGGUGAGUGUCAGUAGUUGGUUGCUGUAUUCUCCCUCUGGAUCUGAUUGGCUCUCCUGUAUUGUCUCUCUGUCUGAUGAGUGGAAGACAGAGGGCAGGAUUCUGCCAGUUUUACCUGGUGGACAUUCCAAAGAAGGAUUCACUGUGAAUCAGGUGCUGUUGGUAAUCAUGUCAGUAUUGUCUCUGGUCAUCAUCAUCUGUGCUCUGGGGUUCAUGUGGUUCAUGUUCAAACGAAAAGGGUUCAAGUGCUGUUCAUUAAAAAAAAUCAGAAAA